AUGGAAGAGCCGCAACCAAAUCUACCCGCGCACCACAUGAAGCAAGACCAGCCAAUCUACAAAAUGAAAGAGAUCCCGUCCGCAUCAACAUCACCUGAACACUCUCGAGCUCGAUCCAAGAGGUCUCGUGCCGCUGAACAGCUGUUGGACAGUGAUGGCCGACAUCGGAUACGCCGCAGAGAAAGCUACGUCGACGGCACUCGAAGGGGACGUAGUCCCACCCGGAGUGUCAGCCCACAGUCGACGAAACAUAGGACUAUGCGACGGCGACGAAGCCGUAGUCCAAGCCGGAGCUGCAGUAGCAGUGCGACAGACAUGCCCAGCUCAAACGUGAAGAGGCAGAGAAGAAGUCAGCAUGGUCAAACCAAGGAUAAGGAUGCAACGGAGGACACAUCUGGAAUGACGGCACGAGAUGAAAGCAGAGAGAGCAUGCGCAGCAGGAGUAAGAGGAGGAAGAAAUAUCGGCGCAGAAGCGACUACGCUGCUGCAUCGGCAGAGAUUGCUCGCGACACCGCCUUAGAAGGUUUACGAGGUAUGAAUAUCCCAGGAGAUCGAGCUCAAAAUACGGAUAUGCCUUCCGAAGGAGGAACACAUGACAGAACAGGAAGCUUCGAAAGUGUGUUAGAAGAGGAUGAGGGAGUGAGUUAG